GAACUGGCCAAGUACUUUUUGGCAGAAUUGCUCUCAGAGCCAAGCCAGACAGAAAAUGAAGCCCUGGAGUCUGAGGACUUGUCCCGAGGGGCUGAGCAGGAUGAAGUGAGACUGGAGCUGGAGCGCUCGGCUAACUCAAACCCCGCUUUGGCACCCCGGGAACGCAAAGCGGGCUGCAAGAACUUCUUCUGGAAAACUUUCACAUCCUGUUAGCUUUUGAAACCCACGUCUUCUCCCCAUCCAUCCCUGCCUUCUUCCUAGCCCCCCGCCCCGAGCAGAACCUUCACCACAAGAGGCGAAGACUGUAAAUACACAAUCCACGGUUAUGGUGAAAUUAAAUAAACAAGGAAAAUUUGAGUUGAUUUCCAGUUGUUUUAAUAAAACUUUCUGUUCCAAUUGUACACGAUUUGCUUGAGUUGUGAUUUCUGACUAGUUCUUCAAUGACAUGCACUCUGCAACUCUUUCAGAUGUACUAUUUUUAAUUCUUUGUUGCAAUAAAGUUUAUGUUUCAAACGGUGA